UCGAGUAAAAAACAUGGCGAAAACAAAGAUACACACUGACCCACAAUAUCUCGCACAUAAUUUCAUAAGAGCUGAAAUCACGUGACGAUAGAAGCGAAGAUACAGCUGCAUGUUUGCCACCAGUUAGUCCCCUGAAGCGAAACGGUGAUAAAUAUAGACAGUGUGACAAGCAACAAGUCAACUUUCCGUCGUUUAAAAUGGCAACCCGAGUGCAAAGACUAGUUUCGCAGGUACUUAACAAUUCGCAGCCCGUUUUGUCAAGACAUGUUUCAACUACGGUGGAGUUAAGACAAAAAUCUUUAUUCAAAUGGGAGGAUCCACUGGACGUGGAGAGCCAGCUGAAGGACGACGAAAAAAUGGUCAGGGACCAAUUUCGCGCUUACUGCAACGAAAAGCUGCUGCCGAGGGUGGUGGAGGCCAAUCGCCGGGAAAUCUUCGACCGAGCGAUCAUCAAAGAACUCGGGGACAUGGGCGUCCUUGGAUGUACUCUCAAGGGGUACGGAGCGGCCGGUGUAUCUAACGUCGCUUACGGUCUUUUGACCAAAGAAGUCGAAGCUGUCGAUAGCGGCUACCGAUCCGCCUUUUCCGUACAGUCCUCCCUAGUCAUAGGCGCCAUUGCGAAAUACGGCAGUGAGGAGCAAAAGGAGCGCUUUCUGCCAAAGUUGAUUAGUGGUGACCUGGUGGGUUGCUUCGGCCUGACGGAGCCCAAUCAUGGUAGCGAUCCAAGCUCGAUGGAGGCGCGUGCCAAGUUUGAUCCGUCGAAGAAGGUUUACGUUAUCAAUGGAAGUAAAACAUGGAUCACAAACUCACCCAUCGCGGAUGUGUUGAUUGUAUGGGCUAAAUGCGACGACGGCGAAAUUCGUGGAUUCAUCAUAGAACGGGAGGGUAACGAAAAUAAACUGUUGACGCCGAAAAUCGAAGGCAAAAUGUCUUUGAGAGCGUCGAUCACCGGAAUGAUCCUGAUGGAUGAUGUCACUGUACCGGAGGAAAACCUACUGCCCAAUGUCCAAGGAUUGAGGGGACCAUUUGGAUGCUUGAACAACGCGAGGUACGGUAUUGGCUGGGGUGCUCUGGGAGCAGCUGAAAAUUGCAUCAAACUUGCCCGAGCCUACGUGCUUGAGAGAAAGCAGUUCAAGCGACCCUUGGCGGCGAAUCAGUUGAUACAGAAGAAACUAGUUGACAUGAUGGUGGAAAUUGGACUUGGUUUGCAGGCAUGUCUCAGGGUUGGCCGUCUGAUGGAUGAACAAAAGGCGACGCCGGAAAUGAUUUGUAUGAUAAAACGUAAUUCCGCUGGAAAAUCACUGGAAAUUGCCAGGCACGCGAGAGACAUGCUAGGAGGAAAUGGAAUUUCUGACGAGUACCACAUCGUUCGGCACAUGAUGAAUCUGGAAUCAGUUAAUACAUACGAAGGUACACAUGAUGUUCACACUCUGAUUUUGGGUAGAGCGAUAACGGGGAUCCCAGCUUUUUGACGAGCUUGAACCGUCUAACAUAUGUUUCUUAUUGAUUUUUAUUUUUUCAUACGCAAUAAAUAAAAAAAAAGUAUAAAACUAUUAUUAUUGUUACAAUAA